GAGGCAGCAGGGGAGACGCAGGACCGGGGGGGCUUCGGCUUUCCCUGGGUGGAACGGGAACCGUUGCAGCAUUUGGGCCAGGGGACUGGCGUGGUGUGAAUAUCGGGUUUGAAAAGUCCACCCAGGCCGCAGUGGAGGCUGGGUUGGGAAGGGAAGCAGGGAGGCCUGUUAGUAACAGCUAAGUUCAAGGGCAUCCCUGCGGCGGACUUGAAAGAUGAUGAAGAUGACAGUUACCGUGGAAGUGUUCACGUUUUUGUGCUGAGCGCGGGCUCCGCAGGCGUCAGCCUUUGCAGUCUCAGGGCAGCCUGUAGAGGGCGGUGUUUUCGGGGACCCUGCGGCUCAGGCCUGUUCAGCCAGAGGUGACCGCGCAGCACUUGCCGCUGAAGCCUUGUGUUGAAAUGUGCAGUUCACGGGCAUCAAGUACACUCACAGACAUCCGUUUCCAGAGCAUUCCUACGUCUUCAUUGCUAUCGGCAUCCUAAACCCAGGUGCAGUCAGGAUUGGAAAAGAUGCCAGCCCCAGCUGCCACAUAUGAGAGGAUAGUUUACAAAAAUCCCUCUGAGCACCACUACAUGAAAGUCUGCCUAGAAUUUCAAGAACAUGGGGUUGGACUGAAUGUUGCACAGUUCAAACAGCUGCUUAUUUCAGCCCUGAAGGACCUAUUUGGGGAGGUUGACGCUGCCUUACCCUUGGACAUCCUAACCUAUGAAGAGGAGACCUUGUCAGCCAUCUUGAGAAUAUGUAGCAGUGGUCUUGUCAGAUUGUGGAGCUCUUUGACCCUGUUAGGAUCCUAUAAAGGCAAGAAAUGUGCCUUCAGAGUGAUUCAGGUUUCUCCAUUUCUCCUUGCAUUAUCUGGUAAUAGUAGGGAACUAGUAUUGGAUUGAAUGGUCUUCAAUUUCAGAAACAUUCCUCUGCUCUCAAAACUAUCUUUUGGUGCCAGCAUAAUGCUUGAUGACUGAAACAGGCUCAGCGCUCCUGUUGAUGGAAUUUGAGAGUGCCGAAGAUGUUCCCCAUGAUUUCCAGCUGUCGUCUUUGGUGGUGUAGCCUUCAGAGGAGAAUCUGCCUGAACCAGCCAGUUGUAAGCAGGCAGCACUUUCAGCAUAUGCACAUCCGAGUUGGAGACCGGGCUGAACUCAGCAGAGCCUUCACACAAAGGGAUGUGGUUGCCUUCUCAGAACUAACAGGGGAUGUUAAUCCUUUGCAUUUAAAUGAAGAUUUUGCAAAGCACACCAAGUUUGGAAAGACAAUUGUGCAUGGAGUUUUGAUCAAUGGACUUAUUUCAGCUCUCCUGGGUACUAAAAUGCCAGGCCCAGGCUGUGUAUUUAUUUCCCAGGAAAUUCACUUUCCAGCCCCUUUGUAUGUUGGAGAAGUUGUUGUAGCUUCUGCAGAAGUGCAAAGGCUGAAGCGGUUCAUUGCGGUUAUUGCUGUGUCAUGCUUUGUAAGAGAAAGUGAAAAGACUGUUAUGGAAGGCUGCGUGAAAGUUAUGGUCCCAGAAGCUUCCAAGCCCUGAAAUAUGUGUUUAAAGAUGCAAGCUCAGGCAUCAGUGUUACUGUUAUUGAAGAGCCUCUGAGAAAAACGGAUUGCUGCUCUUCAACAAGGAGUGGCCAGCAGACCCAGCAGCCCACAGCGGGGGAGGGAAGCAGGUAGCGAGGGGUUCACAUGUCCACUUUCUAAUUUGGCCUUAUGUUUCAUACAGAUGAGUCUAUUUAUCAUCUAAGUUUGUAAAUUUGAAAAAAUAUGGGGAAAGUUAUCAUUUAGCUCAAGGUUCUAAUUUUAGGAUUUCAAACCAAGUUAAAUUUGCAUUUGGAUAACACAAACUUACCUAUAUCUGCAUAGAAUAAAUUUCUCAGUGAAUUUAUAGCUAGAUAGCAUUUAAUUUUUGACAGCAAUUAGAAUAGGAGUUGGGUAAUCUUUGAACACCUGUCUUUUACCAAUAAAUAUUUAAAUACUGUUCUUCAGUA